AUGAAGGCCUUUGCCUCCAAGCUCAAACGCAGCAAGAGCGCAACUCAGAUCGCAAAAGACCCUCAGGCCCCGACCCAGCAGCAUCAAAACUACGACCAGCCAGGUUACACAGCGCAAGCAGCAGGCAAUCACUACACACAUGAGAAGGAAGUACCGCGCUCCAUGCCUCCUCUUGCAAAGACACCAACGGGCUCCAGUGCGCAGAGUCAGCAUCACCAGCAACAUCAGCAGCACCAGCAGCAGCAGCAAGGCGGCUACAGUCCACCCACCUCAGAUAUGGACCGCAUGAUGGUCGACGACGCACGCAGCACCCAGCAAGCCGCCUCCAUGCGCUCAAACCAAAGCACACCCACCAUGCCCACCUCACACACCAUGGCCUACGAGCAGGAACUCCCUCUCAACAAGCAAACCAUCCAGUCUGGUUUGAGUGUCUCCAGAGGCCCCGCCCUCGUUGCUAGAGAGACACGCGGCAAGUAUACGCUCGCUGACUUUCAGAUCCAACGCACCCUGGGCACGGGCUCCUUUGGACGUGUACAUCUCGUUCAGUCACGUCACAACUCCCGCUUCUAUGCCAUUAAAGUGCUCAAGAAGCAGCAAGUCGUCAAGAUGAAGCAAAUCGAACAUACAAACGACGAACGCUCCAUGUUGCGCAAAGUCAAGCACCCCUUCACCAUCACCCUCUGGGGCACCUUUUUCGAUUCAAAGAACCUCUACAUGGUCAUGGACUUCAUCGAGGGCGGCGAACUCUUUUCCCUGUUGCGCAAGUCUCAUCGUUUCCCUAAUCCAGUCGCAAAGUUUUAUGCAGCAGAGGUGUGUCUAGCGUUGGAUUACCUGCACCACAACGACAUCAUCUACCGCGACCUCAAGCCAGAAAACCUGCUGCUGGACCGUCAUGGACACAUCAAAAUUACUGAUUUCGGGUUUGCCAAGGAGGUGCCAGACAUCACCUGGACGCUGUGUGGCACACCCGACUACCUUGCCCCUGAAGUAGUCGCUUCCAAGGGCUACAACAAAUCGGUGGACUGGUGGUCACUGGGCAUUCUCACCUAUGAAAUGCUUGCCGGCCACCCACCCUUCUAUGAUCCAAACCCAAUGAAGCUCUAUGAAAACAUUCUUGCCGGUCACGUCCGUUACCCGAGCUACUUUGAACCAGCAGCAAAAGACUUUCUACAAAAACUCCUUACCGCGGAUCUCACAAAACGCUAUGGCAACUUGCGUAAUGGAUCGCGCGAUAUUAUGGAACACGCGUGGUUCAGUGAAGUGAAUUGGGAACGGCUGGCUAGGCGAGAUAUCGAACCACCCUACACCCCACCCCUCAAAGGUGCAGCGGGUGAUGCACACUUGUUUGAUGUCUACUCAGAAGACCAAGAGCCGUAUGGGCAACAAGGUCCGGAUCCGUAUGGACACCUAUUUCCUGCCUUCUGA